UCGACACGAUACGUUCACGAGCGUCGCGACUGCGUUCAACAAUAGAAACGUGUUUUUUCAAAGAUUAGCAACAGAGGACAUAGGAUAUAAAUGUAGAUAUUUUAAUUGCAUGCAGACGGACAGUAUUUACAACCUUAUCCCUAACGACACGAGGCAUAUGCGCACGUUCAGACAUUCUAGUUAUGUCAAUAUCGUUAGCUUCCUCGCAUAGCUUAGCAUAAAAUAAAACUUCAUUUGUACUUAACUAUUUCGCGUGGAUUGCGAUAGAUAUUCCAAAAUUAGUUAUUGACGUAUUAAACUUAGGUCCAUCCAGGAAAGCGGGUGUUCUGUUUAACAUCGAGAAGUAGAGCUGAAACUUCACGGAAAACUCCCCGGAUGAGUGUGCGACGAAGGCCUGAUCAGUCGUGCUGCUGCUUGUGUAGCUACAUUAGCCGGUGGAGCUAACAGUUUUCAACUUUAGUCAAACUACCAGAACUGAAUAAAAAUGUUCGGCUCUUCAAGAUCUGGAGGAGUCCGAGGAGGACAGGACCAGUUCAAUUGGGAUGACGUUAAAGUCGAUAAACACAGGGAAAAUUAUCUCGGGAACUCUUUGAUGGCACCUGUAGGGCGGUGGCAAAAAGGCAAAGAUCUGACAUGGUAUUCAAGAGACAAAAAGGGUGGAGCAGGUUUAUCCAAAGAAGAUGAGCUAGCUGCUGUAAAAGCUGCGGAGCAUGAGGCAUUGAUGGCUGCCUUAGGACACAAGAGUAUAAAGAGACAACCAACUGGUCUGACCAAAGAGGACCUGGCAGAUGUUUGCAGGAGAGAAGAACCUGAUGGUGAUGAGAGAAAUGUGGACCGCAUCUCAGGUUUAGGAAGCUCAAGUGCAGGGUCAAGGAAAAUAGCCCUGUCCCAAAGGGAAAAGGAGGCUGCUAAAAUAGGAUUGCCAGUUUUUACACACCAUAAGACCGAGGGUCGCGCUGAAGCCUCAACAACAAAGACAUCUGAGAGCACAGAUAAAGGAGAAGUGGAACAAAGGCACGAGAGCAAAAAGAAAAAGAAAGAGAAAAAGAGCAAAAAGGAGAAAAAGAAGAAGGAAAAAAAGAAGAAAAGGCAAAGAAGGGACUCGUCCUCGUCGGAUUCAGAUGACAACAGGAAAAGGCACAAAAAGGACCACCAUCGUCAUAAUCCAUCAUACCAUAGUCAGAGUGGAGCCAGACCCCAUGACAGCCAUUCGAGGGGGGGAGCAAAGGCCGAGCAACACCCCCAUCAUCGACAGCGGCAUGACACAGACUCCUCUGACGGGGGGUCUCCUGCCCCCCGUAACCCAGCCAGCCACAAGACGGCCCCCGCUGGUGCCACACAAAGCCACAGGAGGCGCCACGACACAGACUCGGACUAAUGUCCUCCCCACCCCCUCAUUUAAAGACACACAAUGCAGACAGGGCGAUCUACAUCAGCCCUGAAGUGGCCCUAAAGACCUCAUUUACCCUGAGCAGCAAAACCCAGCACAGACUGAGACGGAUCUGUGUCUGAUGAUCAGCGGCUGCAGUGUUUAACCAUUACCUGGUCGAGGUACACUGGUGUCUUUGGUGUUAUUUUUUAAAAUAAUAUUUGAAUAUAAGUUAGAUCGAAUUUCCCUUUUUCUGUAUUGUAAUAGAUUGUGAUUUUUUUUUAGAUUUGAUGUCAGGGGAUGAAAUACUAUGCAAGAUGAAAUACUCCUAAGCAGCUACAGUGACUUUUAUUGUGUGUCUGGCUGCUGUUGGAAAUCUGAGAAAAGUCAGCAUCUGAUGAUGAACGUGAAGAAACAUAAAGCACAUAAAAAAAUCACAUCCUCUUA